AUGGAAAGGCUUGACGAAGAUAGCGCUGACUUGGAUUUUUUAGAAGAAAAUUUAGAGAAAACUGAAGAAUUAACAGAAAAAAUGACCAGCAUUCUGAACGUGUUUGAUGAUCGAUUAGUAAGAUUGGAAGCUUCAAUAUUAGCGAUUCAUAAGUCAACACAGACAUUAUCUAAAUUGGUGGACAAUAUUGAUAAAACACGUAAUGGUGUUGUCGAAAUUAUUGGUUAUUUUGAUCUGGUUGAACGAGAAGAAGUGACUAUAAAAAGAGGACCAAAUGUAAAUGAUUUGGAUUCUUAUUUAAAUUCUAUUGGAAAAUGUAAUAAAGCCAUGGAAGUUUUGGGCGCAAUGAGGUUAAAAAGUAGUGAAAAAAUUAUCGGACAAUUGAAACAAAUUUUAAAAGCUGCAAUGUUGCAAUUAGAAGAACUUUUUCGACUUUGGUUAACAGAACGAAGUAACCCUAUUGAGCCACUUUCUUUUUUAACAAAGAAAUUGGAGAUACCUGGAAUACCAAGUGUUUCUUCAAAAAACCUUAAGACAUUAUCUUCUUAUCUUGCGACAACAGGUCUGGAACUUGGUUAUACGAGUGAAUUUGUUAAAAUAUACAUUGAUGUUAGAUCAAAUUAUCUUGUAAAGUCAUUAACAAUGCUGGCUCAGGCUUCAAUAAGCACUGCUGAAAAAAGAAGUACUCCAGUAUAUGAAAAGGAGUACGAAGUUGCUGAAAAGAUACUUCCACCAGAAAAUGUUUCAAGUAGUUUUAGAGAUGCUAUACAACAAUCACUAGAUAAUUUUAUAGAAAUAGGAAGAAUAUUAAACAAUCGUAUAAAAAAGAAUAUGCAAACAGAUAUAUAUCUGGCUUUUGAUAUUAUGGAAACAUUGCAUCUGAACAUGGGUGCUUUUGAAGAAAUAUUUAAACUUGCAGGUAAAAAAGAUACUGCAUUGAGUGAUCUUAUUUAUUCAUUGCGUGCCGUUGCUAUACGUUCUUUUCCCGAGUUCUUGGAUGAAAUUAAGCAGAGUCAUUCUACAAAAACAUCUGGCCUUCCAAACGAUGGUACCGUACAUGAACUGACAAUUACGACUUUACAACAUUUGAAACGAUUAACUGAUUAUCCAGAAACAAUUGAAUCUACAUUGUUAACAUUGGGUGAUGGUAAUUGGAAUGCUUCAGAGAAAGAUCCUAAUUUCUCUCGAGAUAGGAACGGGCGAAUUUCAGGAAAUGCUGUCGUUAAGCAUUAUUUUUCUGAUGUUUUAGAAUGUUUAGCCCAAAGCCUUGAUAGUAAAGCAAAAACAUAUAAAAAAUUUACGUUGACUUCUAUAUUUUUGUUAAAUAAUUAUUUUUACAUAUUAAAAUCUAUAAGGACUCAAUUUAUGUCAGUUCUCGAUCCAGAAGUUGAGUCCAAAUUUGAUAAAAUGGUAAAAAAGUGGAACGAUACAUAUCAGGAUACAUGGAAAUCAUGUUUCUCUAAUCUUAUGGAUUACACAUGGGUCCGAGGUGGUGCUUUAAAGACUACACUGGGUUCAAAUGAAAAACAAACUGUCAAAGAAAAAUUCAAGAAUUUCAAUACGGAAUUUGAUGAGCUUUACAAAGUUCAUAAAGGGUACUCGAUGCCGGAUCCUGAACUUCGUAACCAAGUUAUAAGAGACAUUAGGGCUGUUUUGAUACCUAUGUACAAUCGUUUUUUGGAAAAGUAA